AUGCUGGACGAGGAGAAAAGAUUGAGCGAAGAAGAAGUCGACGACUUAUUUGGAGACGACGAAGAAGAAGAAGAACAGGAUUCUUUGAAGAACAUCAGUAUUUCACUUCCCAGGCAUGCAAUCUCUCAAAAACCUGAAGACGAUACCUACUCGUUGAAGAUGCCAGUUUUCUUGAAUGUUGAAGCACAUCCGUUUGACCCCACGGAGUUCAAAGAACGAGUUCAGCAGACAGCAGCAGAAAGAUCGACUAGAACGUCGUUGACAGACAAACAGAAACAGAACGAAUUGGUAGCAGAAAAGCUAUUGAAUGAAAACACUUUAAGGUGGAGAUACUCCAACUCCGGAAACGAUGAGAUUAUCAAGCAAUCCAAUUCCCAUUUUGUUCAAUGGAACGAUGGUUCGUUGUCUUUGAAGAUCGGCAAUGAACUUUUUGACGUUCGUGAAUUGCCGUUGACAGACAACUUUCUCGUCAAGACCCAUGAUAGCUACGAGAUUCUUCAGCAUACAUCCAUCCUCAAUAAGACCAUCAACUUGUUGCCCUCUUCCACGUUGACAUCGACACACAGAAAGCUUACCCAGGCCGUCAAGAGCAUCCAGACCAAGGACAAGAUUUUGAACACUAUCACCAACGACGAUCCCAUGAUGAAACAGAGGUUGGCAGACGAGAAUGAGCGUAAGACGUUACGUUUGAGAAGACAGCUUGAAUCUAAACGGAAACUCCAGGAAGAACGUUUGGAACGUAGUAACAGUCCUGCUCUUAGAGGCCACGAAAGAGAAAACGCAUACGAACGUUUUGCCAGAACCUACGGCGAAGAGGAGUAUGACGAAGAAGACGACUUUGUUGCUGGUGACGAUGAAGAAGUCGAAGGCUAUGAUGAUGAGGAUGAUGAAGAAGAAGAAGAAUACGAAAGAGGUGCCGAAAGAUUGAAGAAGUUGAAGGAUGAAGGAGCUUCAAAAUAUAGAGACAAUGGCCGUGAAGAAGACGAAGACGAGAAGCUGGCCAGAAAGAAGAGAAGAAUCAUCGACUCGGACGACGACGAGUGA